UCAUAACCCAGCCACCGAAGAGGCAAGAUGUGACUGCCUUGCUGAAUAAGGAUACUCAUGCUUGGAUCACACUCGCCUUUUGCAGGCAGGCUCUGCUACAAUCGACAGCCAUUAAGGUAUCUGCCUUGACUUGAAAAUUGGGUUUCUCUGUUAGGACAAAAGAUUUUUAACAUGAAGGUCUUCUCAACCUCUCUCUGCUUUGGACUCCUGGCUUUGCUGUCUGUGAUGAACCUUUUAAAAUCUGCGCAUGGACGGCAACCUCUGACCGCAGGACAUGAGCUGUUUCCAGCUAAUAAACACACAAUUCAAGAGAAACUACUGCUGGCUCUGCUGAGCCACAACUCCGGUUUCCAGAGGCCCUCCCACACCGGUCUAGAUCUGCCCAGCAGUUCAGAAGACCUUAAACAGCUAAAGAAGCUGAAAGAACAGUUUAUGGAGGGAAAGACUGCUGAACUGACCCACGCCACAGAUGCUGUAGACGGCAAUCUAUCCUCUUCCCGUCCUAAUAAAAGAGCUUGUUUUUGGAAAUACUGUGUCUGAGUCUUCUCUGGAUAUACAAAAGGAAAGAGCACCUAGGAAGAUGAAUAUUCUCUUGCUUCAAGUUCGCCGCUGUUUCCGGCCUUAAGAAACUGGCUCUUAUUCUGCACAUUCUGUCCUCACUUUCUCACCUGCCCCAUCUUGGUUGUGGUUUGCUUAAUGCUCAUGCGGUAAAGAAUGACACUGGCUGCCCUCUUCAAUGGAACUGACCAUCAAAAUGGCUUUAAAGCCGAAACUGAGUGUUUGAUUUGUUGUAAGCAUCCUCGAAGUCUAUUCUCUCUCUCUCUCUCUCUCUCUCUAUCUCUCUCUCUCUCUCUCUCUCUCUCUCUCUCUCUCUCUCUCCUUCUCCAUAAUGCUUUAUU